AUGAGGAGCCCUGGUGGCAUAACCCCUUUCUGCCUCAAUUGCUCCAUCCUCCCAGGAGACCUGCCGUCAGGUGGGGCAAGGAGCCCCCUCCUGUGCAACGGCAGUAGGACCCAUGGGCCGUUUGAGCCCGAGGACCUAAGCCUGACUGAUGAGAGGCUGAGAUUCAAGUACCUGGGACCGCAACAGACAAAGCUCUUUGUGCCCCUCUGUGUCAUGUACCUGCUGAUCUUCCUGGUGGGCACCGUGGGCAACGGGCUGACCUGUGUGGUCAUCCUCUGCCACAGAACCAUGUGCACGCCCACCAACUACUACCUGGUCAGCCUGGCCGUGUCGGACCUGCUAGUCUUACUGCUGGGCCUGCCCCUGGAGCUCUAUGAGAUGUGGCGCAACUACCCCUUCCUGCUGGGGACCAGUGGCUGCUACUUCCGCACACUGCUGUUUGAAACCGUCUGCCUGGCCUCGGUGCUCAACGUCACUGCCCUGAGCGUGGAGCGCUACGUGGCCGUGGUGCACCCGCUGCAGGCCAGGUCCCUACUGACUCGGACCCACAUGCGCCGCGUGCUCGGGGCCGUCUGGGGCCUGGCUGUGCUCUGCUCUCUGCCCAACACCAGCCUGCAUGGCAUCCAGUGGCUGGAUGUGCCCUGCCGGGGCCUGGUGCCCGACUCUGCGGUGUGCACGCUGGUCCGCCCUCGCGCCCUCUACAACCUGGUGGUGCAGACCACGGCGCUGCUCUUCUUCUGCCUGCCCAUGGCCAUCAUCAGCGUGCUCUACCUGCUCAUAGGCCUGCGGCUGCGCCAGGAGCGGCUGCUGCUCAGGCAGAAGGCCAAGGGCCAGCCGGGCACCGCAGCCAGGUACAGCGACACCUACAGGCUCCAGCAGCAACUGCAGGACAGGGGCCGGAGGCAGGUGACCAAGAUGCUGUUUGUCCUGGUUGUGGUGUUUGGAAUCUGCUGGGCCCCCUUCCACGCCGAACGCCUCAUGUGGAGCUUCGUGUCCCACUGGACAGACGGCCUGCACGUGGCCUACCAGGUCCUGCACAUCCUCUCCGGCGUCUUCUUCUACCUCAGCACGGCCACCAACCCUGUGCUCUACAGCCUCAUGUCCAGCCGCUUCCGGGAGACUUUCAAGGAGGCUCUGUGCCUGGGGGCCCCCUGUCGCCGCCACAGGCCCGGCCGCCGCUCCCACAGCCUACACAGGGUGACCACGGGCAGCACCCUGUGUGACUUGGGCUCCCCCAGCAUCAGGGCCCUCCCUCUGGCUGAGGACAGGGGCCCCAAGCGACCGCAGGAGAAUGGCCUCCCCUGA